GCGGGGGAGGGGAAGCUGUUUCAAGAUGGCUGCCUGGUUAGUCUGGCAAUUGCAGCAGCACAGGAGCUGUGCGAGAAACUUGCCAUCGGUAUUGAGGUCUUGUACCAAAAAGUCUUUGCAAUUUCGGACUUUCGGUUUGAAUGCUGUUUUCCAGGAAGAGGCACUGGGAAGAGACUUUGCCUGUCGAAGUUGUGACUUUAAAAGGACGCGUUUUGGUUUCAGUAGGUCUUGUCACCAAGACAGGGAUCCUAUAUUAAAUAGCAUGUUAUUUCGUCCAUUAAGCCAUCAGCUCCAGGAAUUUAAUAGGAUACACAUUUUUAGGCAAUUGAAACAAGACCCAACAAGGUUCUGCCAAAUUUUAGGUGGCAUAUACCAUUUCAGCACAUCAAAAUCACGCCAAGAUCAACAUAAAAAACAGAAUGAGGGAUCCAAAGGGAAAAGUCCUGAGGAAGAUGAAGAGGAGAAAAGGCGGCGGGAGCGGGAAGAUCAAAUGUACAGGGACCGGCUGCGAACGCUGUUUAUAAUAGCUGUCAUUAUGAGCUUAUUGAAUUCCAUUAACAGCAGUGGAGGAAAUAUCUCAUGGAAUGAUUUUGUUCAGGAGAUGUUGGCAAAAGGAGAAGUGGCAAGAGUUCAGGUUGUACCAGAGAGUGAUGUCGUAGAAAUCUACCUUCACCCAGGAGCUGUAGUAUUUGGCAGACCACGGUUAGCCUUGAUGUAUCGAAUGCAGGUAGCAAACAUUGAUAAGUUUGAAGAGAAGCUUCGGGCUGUUGAGAAUGAGCUUGGGAUUGACGGAAAGGACCGGAUCCCAGUAUCAUACAAGCGUACUGGUUUCUUUGGAAAUGCACUAUAUGCCCUGGGAAUGGCUGCAGUGGGAGUGGCCAUUCUCUGGUACAUAUUUCGGCUUGCAGGAAUGGCUGGAAGAGAAGGUGGAUUUAGUGCAUUCAAUCAACUGAAAAUGGCUCGUUUUACUGUUGUGGAUGGAAAGUCUGGAAAAGGUGUUACGUUUAAGGAUGUGGCAGGGCUGCAUGAGGCCAAACUGGAAGUUAAAGAGUUUGUUGAUUACCUGAAAAGUCCAGAGCGUUACCUACAGCUCGGUGCCAAAGUUCCUAAGGGAGCUUUAUUGCUUGGACCACCAGGGUGUGGAAAAACACUACUGGCAAAAGCUGUUGCUUCAGAAGCUCAAGUUCCUUUCUUAGCCAUGGCUGGAUCAGAGUUUGUGGAGGUGAUUGGAGGUCUUGGUGCUGCAAGGGUACGAAGUUUGUUUAAGGAGGCUCGGGCUCGUGCACCCUGUAUUGUGUACAUUGAUGAAAUUGAUGCAGUGGGUAAAAAACGUUCUACCAGCAUGUCUGGGUUUGCUAAUACAGAGGAAGAACAGACGCUGAAUCAACUGUUAGUGGAAAUGGAUGGAAUGGGUACAACAGAUCAUGUAAUAGUUCUGGCAUCAACCAAUCGUGCUGAUAUUUUGGACAGUGCCUUAAUGAGACCUGGCCGGCUGGAUCGACAUAUAUUUAUUGACUUUCCUACUUUGCAGGAAAGGAAGGAGAUUUUUGAGCAACAUUUGAAGAGCCUGAAGUUAACUCGUCCAGCCAGUUUUUAUUCCCAACGAUUGGCUGAGCUAGCUCCAGGAUUCAGUGGAGCUGACAUUGCCAACAUUUGUAAUGAAGCAGCAUUACAUGCAGCCAGAGAAGGGGAGAAAUCUGUUGACACCUUAAGUUUUGAAUACGCAGUAGAGAAGGUCAUAGCAGGCACUGCCAAGAAGAGUAAAAUUCUCUCCAAGGAAGAACAGAGAAUAAUAGCUUUCCAUGAAUCUGGACACGUUCUUGUGGGUUGGCUUCUUGAGCACACUGAAGCUGUCUUGAAGGUCUCCAUAGCACCACGAACAAAUGCUGCACUGGGAUUUGCACAGAUCCUACCACGAGAGCAGCACCUCUUUACCAAAGAACAGCUUUUUGAACGCAUGUGUAUGGCUCUAGGAGGUCGUGUUGCAGAAGCUAUCACCUUUAAUAAAGUCACAACAGGUGCUCAGGAUGACUUACGAAAAGUUACAAGAGUGGCUUACUCCAUGGUGAAAUGCUACGGAAUGGUUGAAACGAUUGGACACAUUUCAUUCCCUGAUACAGAGGAAAUGGGGGCAGUUGGUCGACGACCCUUCAGCCAAGGACUCCAGGAGCACAUGGAUCAUGAAGUCAAACUAUUGGUGGCUAGUGCUUACAGGCACACGGAGAAGCUCCUACUGGAUAACCGGGACAAACUUCUUGCACUUGCAAAUGCACUCAUGGAGAAAGAAGUUCUGAAUUAUGAUGACAUUGAAGUACUUAUCGGUGCUCCACCCUUUGGCCCAAAGAAAAUGAUACCACCCCAGAGCUGGAUUGAAGCUGAGAAAGACAAACAAGAUACAGGAGAGGAUGGACCUUCAGCAAGGCAUGUACAAGAUGAUGAACAAAACCUGCAUCCAGUUUAAGCUGGCUGCCUAAUAGAACUAUAUGGUGAAUGCUGUUGUCUUGUAAAAUGAAGGAUGGACAAUAAAGAAUUUUGGUAGAGCUGGGAUUACAAGAACCAAGGGACAGUUGAUUGAAUUAUAAUUUGAUUGGUGUUAACUACUGAUGGACACCUCAGUUUAACCUAAUGAAAUAGAAAAAUGCUGCUCUGUGUACCAGUGUGUAAUUGUUUUACAGAAACUAUUUCCCAUACUCUUUAAUGCAAUAGAUUGUGCUUUUAUUAAAACUGCUUCUGUUUAUCAAAGUAUGUUAAUAUGCAGCAACAGAAUAAGCCCAGCUAAAGAUAAUACUGUAGCACAGAGUUAUGUAUUCCAAUUAUACAUUUUAGCUGCACAGUGCUUUAUUUAUAUGCUUAGGAUUGAACUAAACCUUAAGAUACUGAAGGCUGACUAUGUAAGAAUUUAUUUGGUCCAUUGCUUUGAAUACAGCCUUAAAGGAAAAGUCUAAAGCUUUUGUUUCGUUGCCCAAUUUUCUUCCUAUCUUUGAAGUGCUGACUCAUGCUGGGGUAUCAUUCCACAAAUACCUGCAGCUCUUUUAUAGCUCCACCAAACAGCCUUUCUUCUUUCAACAAGGCUCAUUGGAUAACAAUCAAAAGUGGGAAAUCUGUCCAAAUUCCUUUCCAACUUGGGUGCACUGAUGCCAACUUCAAUGCUUUUUAAGUGCUGUCCUGAUUGAAAUAGGUCCAAUUCUGCAUGAGAUUAGGGAUCAAAUUUAGGAACUCACUGAUCUGUAAAACUUAUUAACAUAUUGAUCAGUGGACUUAUUGGCCAGACCAACUGGGGAGCUGAGGAUGUAAUAUUAAAGGAUUCAGAUGAUGAUGUACCUGUCAUUUUCUGGAAAGCACUUUUGGAUGAACAGGGACUGUGUCCAGUGGUGUAUGUACAUCAAAUAUUUAUCCUUUUAUAAGUGAAGUGGUUCUGCAAAGUGAUAUUAAAAAAAAUUGAUUUUCUCACAAUUCGAGUGAAACAACUUCAAAUAUUGCUGUGUCAGUUUUAUUCUCUAUUUUAGACCUUGCCUUAUCAAAAAUCUUCAUGUUCACUUUUCAGCAUUGGUUACUGGAUAGAAAUUAGGAAAAGGGAAUCUUGGUUGUUCUAGUCUACUUUUUUCCAUUCUUAUAUCCUGGGGCUGCUUAGGUCAAAUUUGUAAUCUUUCUGCUGUCCUGUUUCAGCAGCUAGUGCAAUCCAUGAAAUAUUGAAAAUGUAAAACCCUGUUCUGUAUGUUUCACUGCAAUGUCACAUUGUGCAUCAAACCCACUGGAAAAUCAAUAUUGUUGGGAAAAACAGUAAUGUAGUUCAGUAACAUGAGCUUUUCAUUUUUCAAUGUUUGGAGAUCAUUGCAUUUCAUAGAGUCAAAUACAGCAGAUGAUGCUAAUGUAUUUAAGCACCUUUUCAGUAAUAUUUUUGUUUUCUUUCAUUCAGGAACAAUUUUUCCAUUUAUUUGUUUUGGACUAAGAUGUGGAUUUAUAUAUUAGUUACUCCAUCAGUAAAUGGAUGAUGAAUAAAGUUACAUUGGAAACCAUCUGUUCUAUUAAAAAAAGUCAGAGCUUAGUUUUUUUAAAAUACAUUUAUCUGGAAAUUGUAUUCAGAUUAUUGUGAAUAUUUGUACAGUAUGAUAAACCAUUUAAAACUGGUCAUAUAACAUAUAUGCUACUAUACCAUUGCUUCUAACUCUUUAUUGAAGAUUGUUAAAUUAAGAGACUGGACUCCCAAGUUUACUAAAAUAUUGUUCAAAAUGCAUGAUGCAUAUAUAGGAUAACAAUGCCCUAAAUAAAUUAUUUUUUUCAAUGGAGUACUGCAAAAUCUUAAAUCAUUAAAUUGUUUAAAACCA